AUGGCAUCUCUCACGAGCGGGGCUUAUCCCCCGCCAUUACAGCAAGCUGAAAAAGAAGCCCUCGUCGAAACGGCCAAAGACUGGGCCAUUGCCAACGGCCUCGCUGUGCGGUCGCCCCCUGCAGUCGUCCCAACCGAAACUGAUCCUGCGGGCAUCACGGCCAUCAACGUCCCCGUCACUCUCUUCCCCACUCCCUUCCCGCGAGAGUGCUUCGAGCAGGGCCAGGCGGUGCAAAAGACUUACAACGAGCUGUAUGCGGCUGUGAGCCGUGACGAGGCAUUUCUCGAGCAAACUGUCAAGGAGGUCGUAAAUGGCGACGACUUCAUCCGCAACCUAUGGGAUGUCCAUCUGAAAGUCAAGGCUGAGGGCUACACUCAGCCUUUAUCCUUGGGUCUCUUCAGAUCAGACUACAUGGUCCAUCAGGACAAUGCAGUUUCUCCUCCUUCCGUUCAAGUAAAGCAAGUCGAAUUCAACACCAUCGCCGCAUCCUUCGGUGGCCUCUCAACUUACACAUCCAAACUACACAAAUUCCUUGCAGCCACCGAGUAUCCCCUGCUCCAACACGCAUUGGCACCGGACUCACUCAAUCUCCCCGAUAACCAAAGCAUCCAGGGCCUAGCAGGCGGCAUCCAGGCUGCUUUCCAUGCCUAUCCCAAGUCCGACCUAGGUCAUGCCAAAUGUGUCAUCUUCCUAGUCCAGGGCGGCGAGCGCAACAUUUUUGACCAACGCCAUCUAGAGUACCAGGUCACCCAAGCCUCACCAACGAUACCAGUUUUCAGACUUGCCAUCUCAGAUAUCUUCAAACACACCACCCUUGCCGACACACCGAAGCGCCAGCUCCUCUACAGUCUCCCUCGCGACCCAUCCAAGGUGUUUGAAGUAGCCGUCAUUUACAUGCGCUCUGGCUACCACACCAACGACUAUCCCGACCAGACAGCCUGGGAUGCCCGCUACCACCUGGAGCGGUCUGGCGCGAUCAAGUGCCCCAGCAUUCUCACCCAGCUGGCGGGCACCAAAAAGGUUCAACAAGUGCUGGCCACUCCCCGGCCUUCAUCUGCGCCGUCUGUCCUCGGAAAUUUCAUCAACGACCAUACCCCGGCUGCCGCUGAGCUCUGGAAGACGUUUACCAACAUUUACCCCAUGGACACGUCCGAAGCCGGCCUGGAGGCACGGAAGAAGGCGCUGGAUCCCGAGCUAUGCAAGGCAUACGUUCUCAAGCCCCAACGAGAGGGAGGAGGCAACAACAUCUACCGAAGCGCCAUUCCAGAAUUCCUAAAGACUCUGCCCGAGGAACACUGGGGCGCAUACAUUCUCAUGGAGCUUAUUGUGCCACCACCCGUGUCAAACAUUAUCCUUAGAAAUGGUCACUUGGAGGAAGGCGGUAUUAUUUGCGAAUUGGGCGUAUAUGGCACUUGUCUGUGGAAUCAGGGCAACGGAGAUGUGCUCCACAAUGAGGGCGCAGGAUACCUGCUCCGUACAAAGGGAGAUCAGAGCGAGGAGGGAGGUGUAGCUGCAGGGUACGGUUGCAUGGACAGCGUUACCUUGGUAUGA